AUUUGCAAUUUUCUACUUAUUUUGCUUAUUUCCAAAUAUUUCAAAGUUUAAUUUCUUUAAUUUGAAAAUAAUAUUAAUAGUUCCAGACAUACAACACUGGUUAAGUCGUAUAAACGCUUUAAAAUGAUAGCGUGUAACCUUCCCUCCAUUUUGCUUGUUAGGUUGUUUUUACUCUAAAAUAAGCACCAAUUAUUCCGUUACUUCGGUUUUAAUUAUAGAAACUCAGUGAUAAGGUAAUGUUAAUACAUAUUGAACGUAAAAGUUACUCGUUUAAAAUAUUUCAGGUGAUGAUUUUGUGCAAUGUGUACCAACGAAGAAAGGUCAUCAUAUAAUGUUCAAGGGAUAUACUUACGUAUUUAAAGCUAGACUGCAGUGUGGUUCUGAACAAUGGUGCUGCUCGUACAGGCAGAAAACAGGUUGUAUUUCAACGAUAAACAUGCAAACCAACGGAGUUGAGGUAGUGAGAGACUUCCACAAUCACAAAAAGCCAAUGUUUACUGAUUAAUAAUAAUGUAGGUAAUGUACGGAAUUUAGAGUGCCAUAUUUAUUAAAUUUUCUAAUAGGAUUUAAGAUAGGUUUAUCAUAUAAGUUAGGAAAUCAGUAACUCUUACUUAUUCUCAUAAUCAGAUUCUGGGAAAUCAUUCUAACUUUAAUGUGCUAAGUAUCUACGUAGGAUUAUUUAAUAAAACUAAAUAUUCAAAAUACUGAAUUUCACUUUAAUUAAUUAGUAUUAUUUUUAUUACUUUUCAUAUUGUACCUAAGUAUUGAUAUUAUUAAAGAUUUUUUUAUUUUUUGUGUUUUAUUUCCCCAGUAUAAAAAAAUUUUAAUGUUGUAAAUAAAUAUUUAUUCAAUUAAAUUAUUGCCUACUUUUUAUUUUAUGUCUUUCCUAAGUAAGUAUAAAGUUUUUUUUGCUAUAUAGUGAUUUGUAAACUUAGGUUUUAGUUGCCUUAUUUAGGCAUCUUCUACUUUACUAACCAAUAAAAUGUUUUAGAAGUUACAGAAGAAACAUUACCAGAGUGGGUGACGAUUUACUACGUAAAGGAUUCUGAGAAGGACUACCGAUGCAACAUUUGCCAAGUAAACGUUACUACGGAGACCGAAAAAUGUUUAGAGCUCCUUGACCACAUCAAAACCAACCAUAAGGAGGUUUAUGACCUUCACAAAGAGAACCCGGAAGCUACGGUGGGGUUUCGUAUUGAAUUCCUGCAUUUAAAUGUAUUGAAAGAUGACGGUGACCCGAAGAACCAGCCUGUUAUAUUGGGGGAGGUAUGUGAAGCGACUACCGAAGAGAUUGUGCAGCCGAUAUCAGAAAAAGAGGAUGAUACCGUUGAGCAACAGAUACUGCUCGUGCCUAAGACGAGGAAAACUAAAACCAUGAGUGACAAAAUAGAUACCCGUAAAAGGAGCUGGGUAUGGAAGUACUUCCACAGAAUGAGUAGCAUUAUCUUCCGUUGCACUCUAUGCAACGUGGUGUUGUCCAUAAAAGGAUGUAAUACGAACAACAUGAACCGUCAUGUGAGGACCCGUCACCCCACGAUUUAUAAGGCAGAAUGCAUGAUGAAACGAGCUCCUUCCAUGGAGCAAAUUGAAGCAGACUUCACUGAGGUGGAAACACCAAUUGCGGUGAAGACCGAGGAGAUUUGCAGCGAGAAGGACUUUGAUGACCCUUUUGAAACCCCCCAGCAACGCCAGCGCCGAAGCUGGAUAUGGCUGUACUUCACCCGCGUCUCAUCCACCAGCGCGCAGUGCAAGCUAUGCAACCGGAACAUCUGCCACGGAGGCAACGCCACCGGCAACAUGAACCGCCAUCUCAAGAUGAUCCAUCAUAAAACUAGAGAUGACCACACCUGGGUAUGGAAGGUGUUUGAGAAUUCAGAAGACGACUUCUACACCUGCAAACUCUGUCAGUACCAGUGCAUGAAGUUCACUGACCUCGAUAAGAGCCUCGCUUGCAUCCUCGCUCACUUGAAGGAUGAGCACGGAGUAGUAUCAGGAGAUCAGAUCAUCACGGGCAACGAUGGUGAAGACGAAGACAAUAAUUGACCUUUUAUAUGCUUAAAGUGUAUUUAAUAUUUGAAUAUGAUGACUUUAUAUAGGUGGCUCGAAGAUUGACGUUCAAAUAGGAAAAUUAUAUAGAGGGGGCUCUUUGGCUACUAGAAACACCCGCAUGUUUGUUCAGUGGUUAUUUUCGGAUUGUAUUGUAGUUCCUUUACGUACAUUUUCCAAGAUUUCCAACUUUCUCGAAUCAUUAUUUAGUGACUAUUUCUUAAAUUUUACUUGAUGAAAGGAUGUGGCUCACUCACUUGUCAAAAAAUAAAAAAAAAAAACAGAUGUAAAACAAAAGUUACUGGGAGCAAAGUGUGAAUGUGGCAAAAUAAAUUACUGUUACACUUCCUUAAAUAUUAAGAAAGAAUCAACGACAGAAUUAUGAUUACUGAAGUAAGGUAAAAAGGUACAAAAUUGGUUAUCUCUCCUAAACCGUAAAUAAUCGCUGAACAUACAUGGGGGUGUUUCUGCCAAUGAGCUAUGAGGAUCUAAUUUUUCGUUUUAAACCUCAAUCUUUAGACCAUCCUGUAUAUGGUUAUCCAGGUUGCUAUUUGGAUGGACUUAAUCCGGGAAUUUAAAGAAGAAUUAUUAUGUAUUUCUAUCUUGGGCAUAGAAAGCCAUAGCCUCUGCUUAUCCCAGUGAGCAUAUAAUCUAUGCGACGACUGUGGAACGAGGACAUCGUCAGCGACAAAUGACACUCGAUCGACGUCGACGAUUGUGACAACGUCGAUGGUUGUGACGACGUCGACGGUUGUGACGACGUCGACGGUUGUGACGGCGUCGACGAUUGUGACGUCGACGAAUGUGACGACGUCGACGGUUGUGACGACGUCGACGGUUGUGACGACGUCGACGGUUGUGACGACGUCGACGGUUGUGACGACGUCGACGGUUGUGACAGUGUCGACGAUUGUGACGUCGACGAAUGUGACGACGUCGACGGUUGUGACGACGUCGACGAUUGUGACGGUGUCGACGAUUGUGACGUCGACGAAUGUGACGACGUCGACGGUUGUGACGACGUCGACGGUUGUGACAGUGUCGACGAUUGUGACGUCGACGAAUGUGACGACGUCGACGGUUGUGACGACGUCGUCGCUCCACGGCGAAUACGCACGAAUACGCUUCUAUGAAGCUACGCCUCUGAACAUUAGUGCUUACUGCUAACAAACAGUGAAAUAACCCAUAGUAACAAUGUUAGACGAACUGUAGAAUUAUCUUCAUAAAGGUCCUCUCAGACAGCAAGAUUCAUAUAUAUAUAUAUAUAUAUCGUCCUUAUGUUGUGGAUAUUCCUUCAAUCCGUACAGUCUGUUUCGCCUCUUUUUGAUGCGAACAGCAAAGGACUGGAACUGUCUGCCGUCGUCUGCUAGGCAUUUGCUAGGUAAGCGUGAUCCAAACUAGACCACAUCGUCACUUACCAGCAGGUGAGAAUGUGCUCAACGCGAGCCUAUUUUAUUUAAAAAAAAUCAUAGCUUGAAAGCGGUUAAGGUAAUACGGACCAAUAGGAAAUCGGUACCGUAGUUUCAUACCGGUAUAGUAAAUUAAUAACGGUUGGAGUUUGAGUUUAAAUUUAUGUUUGGAUCGUUGAUAACUGACGUCACUUCGCGAUGUGGUUUCCAGGAUUUCUGCCCGGUUUAUGCCAAUGGCUCCGUGUUACAUACAUUACACAAAUACUAUAUACUUCUGCCUGCCCCUUCGGGGAAGCUCCGUUAUGUUAUAAUAGUGGCCCCGAUUCCUGCAGACACCGCCUAAUUUUAUUUUAAGUUAUAUCCGUCAUUUUCAUAUCCGUCGAAAAGGAAAGGGACGGAUGAUUCACAGCUCUUAAUUUUAGGAAGAAUGAGUAAAUGAAUGAAUAACCCGGGCGAAUCAAAAGGUACGUCGCUGGUAUGCAAUCCGUUUGACGUGCUGUCUACUUAACUGUGUCGGGUUAUUGACGGAUGUAAAAUUUUUAGACGGUUGGUUUAGAUUUGUGCUUAAAAUUGACGUGUGUUCCAUAAAUUUUAUGCUUGUCGAUUACCCGUCCCUUUCCUUUUCGGCGGAUAAGAAAAUGACAGAUAUAACUUAAAAUAAAAUUAGAUGGUAUUUACAGGAAUUAGCACCAAUGUUAGCCUAAACUUAAUCGCUUUCAAUUUGAACCCAUCCUUAUACCAGUCAUACUACAGAAUCAGUCCUUAUUUCUAGAUUAAAAUACAUUAAUAUUUUCUAUACGGCACUAACAAUAGGUACGCUAAGCAAAUAACUUUAGUAUGUCAUUGCAAAAGAAUUAGUUUUAUUUUUUAAAGUAAACUUAGUAUUAAAAGUUUUAGUUGUAAAAGAAUUUUGUGCUUUUUGCACUUAUAUUCGAGAAUGUAUAUUUGUUUUAGUAUCUAUAUUUAGUUUUAUCUGCACAAGAAAUAUCUAUAUUAAUAUAGUUUUCUGCAGGUUUAAAACAUAUAAACGAGUUGAAGAUAAAUAUAACCAGUUUUUUUUACUUGUCUUAUGUUAAUAGUAAAUAUAUAUUGACUUUUGUAUUCAAUUACAAUUGAAUUGAUGUUUGGGGCUCUGUAAAUAAUACCAAUUUCGGCAUUUAUAUUAUCAUUCACAUUUUUAUCGUAAUUUAAUGCAACCAAAUGCACAUAGAUGUCGCUACGCUAAUGUGACGACAGAUGGCGUUGUUAAGCUAAAUUUACACCGAGUCAUCGUAACAUUUUGCUUUUGUUUUUUAGAUUAGGAUUUAGGAGUUAGACGAUGUUUUUAUUUGGCACUGGUGAUCCGAAAUAAUAUUAUAAAUUGUAUAUUUGACUAAAAUGUGAUGAAAAUCGGUUUCAUUCACAAUAAUUUUAAUAAUUAAUUAUUUCCUCACUCUUGAGGGACUUUCCAGGCAAGUCCCCCCCCA